UGACUAUGCGGGCGACUUGUUUCACUUCUGGGCAGCACUCCCCGUCAUAAAAGCCCGCCUUUCCCCCCCUUGGCCGUUCUUUGGGCUCUGGACAUUCAUUUUGAAGUUUUGGCUUUCUCUGCGUAAUUUCGCGUAGAAUUCGCUUGAUUUUUCUCGGCCAAUAUCUAAAUCUUUGGAACCCCCCUGGUCUGGAAUUCUUUCGACAACGCCGCUUACACAACGAAAUGCUAGGCCCUCCACAGAGAUGCGCUGCUGUUGUUGUUGGGGCCGGCCCGGCUGGGUUGGCUGUCGUGGGCACUCUGCUUGAGAAGCAACUCGGAAACAUCGUCUGGGUCGACCCUUGUUUCCAGGGCGGCCGUGUAAAUCGGAAAUAUCGUGAAGUCCCAAGGAAUCAAAUAAGCAACACCAAAGUGGCAUUGUUCCAAGCGUUUGCAACUGCAGUGCAGCCCUUUCGGUCUGUUAUCAAUGGCACUCGUAUUCCCAAUGCUUUCACCACCAUGGCCAAGCUUGAUCAAGACAAACCCUGCCAUCUUCAUCAUGCGGCGGAUGUCGUUCGAGCUUUGACCGAUGGAAUCGUAAAGAUGGAGCAGCUGCAUACCUGCCGCGGCCAUGUCACCUCUGCCAAUCUAGACUACACACGUUCAUGGACUGUGCGCAUCCAAGAAGCUGACUCCGUCGGUGAAGUUGAAGUCACGGCGUCUCGUUUAAUCCUCUGCACUGGAUCGUCGCCGACGGAAAUCCCUAUCCCAGUUCAAGGAGUUAGUGUACCCAGACUCAACCUAGAUGUAGUCCUGAAGCCAAGUGAGCUGGCCUCGACUCUUCCUCAAAGCUCGCCAUGCACCGUGGCAGUAGUUGGCGCCUCACAUAGCGCCAUUCUGGCCCUGCUCAACCUCUUCGACCUGGCUCGAACUUCCCACCCCCAGCUUCGCAUUAAAUGGUUCACCCGCCAUUCCCUUCGAUAUGCAGAAUACAUGGACGGCUGGAUCCUCCGGGACAACACCGGUCUUAAAGGCCGUGCCGCUGAUUUCGCCCGUCAACAGCUGGAGGACAAUGUACUUGCGACUUCCGAAGCGGGCCGAUUCAUCACCAAGAUCAACUGUGCUGGUGGUCAAAGUAAAGAGGCGGCACAGUAUGAGCGCCAUCUUCCGUCAUGCGCCUAUCUCACCCAAGCCAUCGGGUAUACCCGCGACCCGAUCCCAGCGCUAUCCAUUGACAGGUCGCCCCUUCUAUCCGAAGACCUCAAAUGGGAUUCGAGUUUUGGUGGCUUCACAGACCGCAGUGGUGCAAUUAUUUCUGGCCUCCACGGCGCGGGCAUUGCGUUUCCCGAACGUGUCGUUGACCCCCACGGUAAUGUAGAGCAUGCCGUGGGAUUCUUCAAGUUCAUGAAGUUCCUUAAGCGAGUUUCUCCACAAUGGGUAUAAUGGCCCAACAUAUUCUCUCUUUGUUUUACCUCUUGCGAGUGAGCGUUUCAUACCCCAGUACAAGCCAAAGAUGGCUUCCUACGUGCCAUGACCCUAAUCUUCGAAUCCAUAUUACUAUAACCGCCGCUGGAUAGGCGAUGACUAGAUGGGGAGAAUGCAAUCAGUUACUCUAAGUGCUUAUACUUCUUCUUUCUUCAUAAAUACAGCGGUAAUCAAUCAAUGGGC